GGCUCCGACACUCUCCUUUCUUUUUCUCUCGGUCCCCCACGUGCCGAACCAAUGAGCCGUUUAGGGUAUACGAUAAACCUGCUACGGAGUUAGGGUUUAUGAUAUUUGUGCACUAAAAUAGAGAAAACCACAUCUAAAUUAUUUGCUUCAUUUGCAGUAUCUGAAAAUCCAUACAAAAAAUGGGAAAAAAGAAAUUCAUCGACAAGAAAAAAUCUGCGACGUUCCAAUUAUUUGCCCGGGACUCCUCCGAUCCCAAUUACAGCGACGCACCCGGCAGUGAUCGAGUCUUCGUCCGAGUCGACAACAACCCUGUCUCCUUCAACACCGUCUUCGACGAAGAUAACCAUGGCUAUAACAACACUCAACACGACGACGAAGAUGACUCCAUAUUUGCUGACGCACCCGAUGACAACGACGGUGGCGGCGGCGACGAGUAUGAUAGAGUGUUGGGAAACUCGUAUUCCACCGCCGCAAAUGAGAAGGCAGCAUUGCCGGAGAACGUGAGAAGGGAGAUUUUGGAGCUAGGGUUUCCAGAUGAUGGUUACAAUUAUUUGAUUCAUAUGCGAGAGAUUAGAAAUACUGGUGGCGGCUCUGCUUUUUAUCAUAACCCCAAGUUCAAGCCCGACCAGCUUCCCCGUGAUGUAAAGGCCUAUGAUGCUUCGAGAGUACAAAUAUCGAAAUCCAAAGAGGAUUAUAAUGAUAAGUCGAUUUACAGUGUUGCGUCAAAGACACUGAGUGCCAGGAUGCAGAGAGUGGUUGAUCCUGAAGUGGCUGCACUGCUUGAUGAUAGUGAUUUGUCGCGGUUUGGUUCGGAUGUUGAGGAUUUGGAGGAGGAUUUUGUUGUUAGAGCAAACAUGGCUGAAGAUGGAGAAGGUGAUGAGAGUGAUAAGAAGUUGGAUUUAGUUGAGGAAUCUGAGGUUAUUCAUGAAGCUGUCAAGAGAGCUGAUCCGGAUUCUGGCAAUCAAGAGAUUGCAGAUGGAGCAAGGAAUCACCUAGUGGAAGAGAAGCCACGGGUCCGGCGUCUUUUGGAUGAGCAAUUUGAUAUUCUUGAACUUCAAGAAUAUGGCACUGAUGAUGAUGAACAUGAGGGUUACAUAGCUGAAGAAGAAGAAUUUCUAGCAGACAAGCUAAAAAAUGUCCUUAAUGAAAAUGAUAUGGAUGAUUUGGAGCUUGAUGACAAGUAUAAACCUCCUGCUGAUUUAUUGCAUGGUAGUGAGAGACCAAAAAGCAAAGAGGUACUGGACUCUGCUGCUGAUAUCAUGCGUCGAUGUUCUGAAUAUGCUGAAAAGUAUGAGAAUGAAAGUGAAGAUGAAAAUGUGGUGGUUGUGGAGGAAAGCAGUGAUGAGUCAGAGCAAUUUGAUUGCGAGAGCAUCAUUUCUACGUAUUCAAACCUUGAUAACCACCCUGGAAAAAUCGGAGCUCCUGAGGUAGCUAGGAAAAAGAAGUUGGCUGAAACUGUUUCUGGGGCCUUAAGUGCCAAAACUCAAGUGAUAUCUCUUAGAGGAAAAGAGAAGCUCCCUGUGGAUUUUUUACCUAAUAGUAAAAAGGUUACUACAGAAAAGGUCAAGAGCACUGCAGGUAGCUUAAAAGCUGAACAGCUUAAGAGAAAGCAACAUGGUCAGGAGACUAAGGAGGAAAAGAAGGAACGGAAGGUUGCUGUUAAAGAGGAACGGCGUGAAGCUCGGCGAAUGAAGAAGGCAAUGAAGGAGCUGUACCAGAGUGAAGCCCAGCAAGCACAGAAAGUUGCUGCUGUAGCUGGUCCAUCAUCCAUUCGAUUAAUGUAGGUAUAGUGAUUAAUUAAAAAUAUGGAUGAUCAUACAAUUUCAAGAGUGAGAACAAUGUGCUUAAGAGUUUGCCUGGAAAUCCUCAUAUGAACAUUUGGAUUCUGGUGCCACUGUUAGGCAUUUAGUAUGGGCCAUGUGCAGAUUUUCCAUUAUGUUGUUUGCCAGUAAUUUUGGAGUGGUAAAUGGAAAUGAGACUGUUCUGGUCUUUAAAUGUGUUGAUGAAUUUCUGCAUGGAUCAAACUGGUAAUUAUUUGUUGCGUAAGUAGUAGUUUCAACUGGUAAUUUUUCUUGCA